AUGAUAAUUCUGGAAUGCGUGAGUGAUUUGAUCAAAUUCAGGGCGGGAAUCCGCUGCGCCAAGGCGGAUUGGCCAUUAACGACGUUGAGAGGGAAACCAACUCAUGAUCGGAAAAAGUACUUUGUGAUAUUUUUUCCGCACACAAAGAACUAUUCGUGGGCGGAUAUGCAGCUUGUUAGGUCCAUAGACGAGCUCCCUGAUCCUAUUGCCUAUAAGUCACACAAGAUUGGGAUCAAAAUGGUUAAAGAUUUAACCGUUGCUCGGCGCAACAUCAUGAGGAAGCUCACCAUUGGGAUGCUCAAUAUUGUUGACCAGUUUCACUCUGAGGUUGUAGUUGAAUCAGCUAAGGAUAUUAUAAUGUGGAAAGAAUUUGCAAUGGAAGCUUCUCGAAGCACAAGUUAUCAAGAACUUGGAAGAAUGCUUGUGAAGCUUCAGAGUAUGAUUUUGCAACGGUACAUGAAUCCAAACUGGCUCGAGAACUCGUUUUCUUUAUGGGUACAGAAAUGUAACGAUGCAGUGAAUGCAGAGAGUAUUGAGUUGCUGAAUGAGGAGUUUGACAAUUGUAUCCAAUGGAACGAAGUGAAAUCCAUAUCAGAUUCGCAGAUGCAACUUAUGGUGUUAUCAGAAUGGAAAACAUGGAAGCACGACGUUACAAAAUGGUUCUCUAUAUCACGACGUAGCGUCGGAGAGAUAGCGCAGCAGGAGAGUAGUAGCAAAACUGUCUUUGAUUCAGAUGUUCAGGCUAGCCGAAAAAGACCAAAGCUCGAGAUUCGUCGCGCUGAGACAACACAGGCAUCACAGAUGGAGACUGACGUUUUGACUGCAACUGGCUCGGAGUUUUUUAGUUUCCGAGACGACAACGCAAUGAACGAUGAGAACGCGGUAACGAACACACCAGAGAAUGGUUUGGACCUUUGGGAUGGUAUUGUUGUUGAAGCUGCGAGACCAAAAGAGGCUUCUCACUCGCAAGUCCUAAACAUAAACGAAUCAGUUGUGAAGAAACCGUUUGGUUCGGGGAACAAGAGUCAGCAAUGCAUAGCGUUCAUCGAAGCGAAAGGGAGACAAUGCGUGAGGUGGGCUAACGAAGGAGAUAUCUACUGUUGUGUUCAUUUAGCUUCUCGUUUCACCACCAAAUCCACAAAGAACGAGGCAUCUCCGGCGGUUGAAACGCCGAUGUGCGGUGGAGUUACCGUUCUUGGUACCAAAUGCAAGCACAGGUCUUUACCUGGAUUGUUGCAUUGCAAGAAACACCGUCCUCACACGAUUGAUUCGUCGUCUCUUCCGGUGAAAAGAAAAGUGUCGGAGAUUAUGUCGACCUUGGAAACAACAACUCAGUGUCAAGAUUUGGUGCCUUUUGGAGAAACUGAAGGAAGUUUCCCCAAUGGAACAACGAGCUUCACUGAGAUGUUUGAGCAUUGUAGCAAUGAGGAUAACAUUUGUGUAGGUUCUUGCUCAGAGAACAGUUACGUUUCUUGCAAUGAGUUAUCGACGAAGCACACGUUGUACUGCGAGCAGCACCUUCCUAACUGGCUUAAGCGCGCUAGGAAUGGGAAGAGCCGGAUAAUUUCGAAAGAAGUGUUUGUAGAUCUUCUUAGGGGUUGUUCAUCGCGUGAGGAGAAACUGCCUCUGCAUCAAGCCUGUGAUAUUUUCUACAAACUCUUCAAAAGUCUGUUAUCUUUGAGAAACUCGGUCCCAAUGGACCAACAGCUCGAGUGGGCGAUAUCAGAAGCUUCAAGAAACGCUGACGCCGGAGUUGGUGAUUUCUUGAUGAGGUUAGUGUCACAUGAGAAGGAGAGAUUAGCUAGGAUAUGGGGUUUCAGUGUUGGUGGUGCUGAUGAAGAAGAUGCAUCGAUGUCGGAUUCUCCUAAUGGAAUGCUUUCCAUCACUAAUGGUAUAGGAGAAGAAGAAACCAGAGACGAAGAGAAAUGGUCGUUUGGUGGAUUUGCUUGUGCUAUUUGUUUAGAUUCUUUUGUGAACAAAACGCUUUUGGAAUCUCACGUGGAGGAGAGACAUCAUGUGCAGUUUGCGGAGAAGUGUAUGCUUCUUCAGUGUAUUCCUUGUGGAAGCAACUUUGGAGAUAAAGAACAGUUGCUUUUACAUGUUCAAGCUGUGCAUCCUUCUGAGUACAUGACGACGCUAACAGUUGCUCCUGAGUCUUCUUCUCAAAAGCUUGAAGCAGGAAGCAAUUCACAAAUGGUUCUGAGCCAAAACAAAGAGAGUACAAGCGGCGUGCAUAAAUAUGUUUGCAAGUUCUGUGGUCUAAAAUUCAAUUUAUUACCUGACCUUGGCCGUCACCAUCAGGCGGAACACAUGGGACCGAGCCCAGUCAGCUCUCGUGGUCCGAAGAAAGGGUUAAGGUUUAAUACCUACAGAAUGAAGUCUGGUAGGCUUAGCCGUCCGAAUAAGUUCAAGAAGAGCCUUGGAGCAGUCUCAUAUAGGAUAAGAAACAGGGCUGGUGUGAAUAUGAAGAGGAGGAUGCAGCAAGGCUCUAAACCACUCGGCAACGAAGUAAAAACCGGAUUGUCGCCGCCUCCUAGUGAUAGUAGAGAUUUCGAUAGAUCAACAGAUGCUCAUUGCUCUGUAGUUUCGAAUAUAUUGUUCUCAAAGAUUCAGAAAGCGAAAAAUCGUCCUAAUAACCUCGAUAUCCUCUCUGCUGCUCGUUUAGCUUGCUGUAGGGUGAGUCUUGAAGCCUCGUUGGAGGCUAAGUUUGGGGUUUUGCCUGAGCGGAUGUAUCUCAAGGCAGCAAGACUCUGUGGUGAGCAAGGCGUGCAAGUGCUAUGGCAUCAAGAAGGUUACGUAUGCUCUAACGGAUGUAAGCCUUUUAAAGACCCAAAUCUUCUAUCUCCCUUGACCCCGCGGCAAGAGAAUGAUCGGUUUCGGAUAUCUAUGGACGCCGGAGAACAUUCUAACACCGCGUUGGAGAUUGAAGAGUGUCAUUGUAUCAUGGAGGCUCAACAUUUCAGUAAGAGACCGCUUGGAAAAACCGAGGUUUUGUGCAAAGACAUAAGCUUUGGUAAGGAACCGGUUCCGAUAUCUUGUGUCGUUGAUGGUGAUCAUUUGGAUUCCGCUGAGAGGCCUUGGGAAGGUUUUACUUAUGUUACAAAGUCAAUACAUAAUCCUUCAAUGGAUCUUGCAAAGGAGAACCUGCAACUCCGGUGUGGAUGUCGUGGUUCGGUAUGCUCGCCUGUAACCUGUGAUCAUGUGUACCUUUUCAUGAACGAUUUCGAGGAAGCUAGAGACAUAUACGGAAAGUCAAUGAGGUGUAGAUUCCCAUAUGAUGACAAAGAACGGAUCAUCUUGGAGGAGGGUUAUCCUGUUUAUGAAUGCAAUGGACUCUGCGGAUGCUCAAGAACAUGUCAGAAUCGGGUUUUGCAGAAUGGAAUUCGCACGAAACUCGAAGUUUUUAAAACAGAGAGCAAGGGAUGGGGAUUACGAGCUUGUGAACAUAUAUUACGUGGCACAUUCGUCUGCGAGUACAUUGGAGAAGUUCUUGAUCAGCAAGAAGCAAGCAAGAGGCGAAGCCAGUAUGGCAAAGAAGGUUGUAGCUACAUACAUGACAUUGAUGCUAAUAUCAACGACAUUGGUAGAUUGAUCGAAGGAGACACCGAUUAUGUUAUUGAUGCUACUACUCAUGGAAACGUCUCUCGAUUCAUCAACCACAGACUGAUGAUUUCGUUGUACUUUGUUCGAUCUCGAAGCUGCUCGCCGAAUCUUGUUACUCACCAAGUUGUUGUGGAAAGCAUGGAUUCCACUCUUGCUCAUAUCGGUCUAUACGCUAGUGAAGAUAUAGCUGCAGGAGAGGAGAUCACUCGAGACUAUGGACGCAGACCGGCGAAUUCUCCAGUCCAAGAUGUGUUCGGUUUUAAUGACCCUGGACAUAUGCCAAAUCUUCUAACUCUGAACUAUUGCCUUUCGGAUAAGUAUGGCGUUGUGAGAUUGGACUCACUUGUGCAAGCGAAACUCUGUCUAGUUCCAACAGUGAACCAUAUCUUUAAAGAGAUGCCCAAUUCUAUAGAGUUGAUCAUUGGACUCCCCCAAUGUCAAACUUUUGAUGUUAAGCUCGCCUUAUACUCUGAUGAUGCAGCCAUUCCUGAAAUCAAUAAGAAUUAA